GAUCGCCGCGAUUGAGCGAUAAAGUCGGCGCCUUGCAGUGCGAUAUUCGAUACUCUGGCCAAACAUGGCCCGGAAUUGCGCUGUGUUAUUUUCUGAAUGAGAGGACACCUUCACCACUAUAUCCAUUGGCAUUGACUCCGUUCUUUGUUACCAAUUGGAACGUUUUUGUUUUCUUGUUUCUGUUUUUAUCUAUCACAAGCCAGCGCCGUUCAUGGAUUUCCUCAAAUCAGCCGUUGCAUCUGCCAUUGCAAAGUCGAGUUCGUUUCCAGUGACUAUCGGCGAUCGGGUUGAUCUGGGAGAUUCAAUUUGGUCUUUACAUAAUGGUGUCAAGAAGGACGAUCAUACCCCCUGUUCCCUCUUCACCUUCGAGAUCAACACCAACAAGUCAAGACAACCCUUAGCGAAGAAUGCUGCGCGGAAGCUGCGAACUUUACGACAUCCCGGCGUGAUACGGGUGAUCGAUGUAAUCGAAAAUGAAACCCAUAUCUAUAUUAUCACGGAAAAAGUCACACCCCUGAACUGGCACCUGAAGCGCAAAAGUUUGAGCGAGGAAACGAUAAAAUGGGGGCUGUACAGCGUUUCUUCUACACUGAAGUUUAUCAACAACGACGCUUCUUCGGUCCACGGUGCAGUCCGAGCAUCUUCAAUAUUCACCAGCGAAAGUGGAGAAUGGAAACUCGGGGGGUUUGAAGUGCUCAGCUCGAUGAAUGAUGACGACGCCAUCAUCUACACAUACGGAAGUUUACUACCAGAUUCCAACCGGUACGCGCCUCCGGAAGUUAUCAAUGGCGGCUGGUCCGCUAUCAAGAAGAAUCCGCUUGGUGCACCCGACGCAUACGGCUUGGGAAUCCUGAUUUUCGAGGCAUUUAAUGGGACGUUCCUAGGGAGCGAUCAGCUGCCACAACCCAGAAGCGUACCGGCGAACAUGGUUCAGGCUUAUCGAAGACUGGUUAACCCAAACCCGAAAUUGCGAUCGAGUGCCGGUCAAUUUGUGGAUCUGGGAAAGAAAGCAGGAGGGUUCUUUGAGACGCCCCUGAUUCACAUUACAGAGGGUGCUGAUAGUUUGGGACUCAAGAGUGAGGAGGAAAGAGACGAAUUUCUAGGGGAGCUAGAUGCCCUUACUGAUGAUUUCCCGGAAGACUUUUUCAAGAUGAAAAUCCUUCCAGAACUGCUCAAGUCGGUCGAGUUCGGUGGUGGCGGCCCCAGCGUCUUCGGGGCCAUCAUGAAGAUUGGUUUGAAGCUGUCCGACGAAGAGUUUGAAUCUCGGCUUGCCCCUGUGAUUCUUCGACUCUUCAACAGCCAGGACCGAGCGAUGAGGGUGUGCUUACUUGACAAUCUACCGUUAAUGGUUGACCGAAUUCCACAGAAAGACAUCAACAACAAAAUCUGGCCGGCCAUGACCACAGGGUUUACCGACACAGCUCCGAUAGUCCGGGAACAGACCGUAAAGGGUGUCCUUUCGGUGAUCUCGAAACUAUCUGACCGAAUCGUCAAUGGAGAGUUACUUCGUUUCCUUGCCAAAACAGCCAACGACGAACAGCCUGGAAUCAGGACGAAUACCACAAUUUGUCUGGGGAAGAUCGCCAGAAAUCUCGGGGUGGGCUCACGGUCGAAGGUGUUGAUUGCAGCUUUCUCCCGAGCCCUCAGGGAUCCAUUCGUGCAUGCUCGUAAUGCAGCAUUGAUGGCUUUGAACGCGACUGUCGAUGUCUUCAGUGAUGAAGAUUGUGCAACUAGAAUCCUUCCGGCGGUUUGUAUCAGUCUCAUCGACAAGGAGAAGCUAGUUCGCGAUCAAGCUAAUAAGACCUUGGACACGUAUCUGCAAAGAGUGCGGAAAUAUGCAUCAACCAUGCCUGAUACCGCGCUCCCACCUGAGGGUGCAACAGCCGCUACGACUUCAGCGGCCCCAGCCAGGAUAGGGAACCAAAACGACACAAGUUGGGCCGGUUGGGCCAUCUCUUCAUUCACCAACAAAAUGGCUGGAGCGAGAGGUGAAAUGUCCGCCAGCAAUGGAGCCCCGAUCCAACAAACGCAGUCACUUCCUACGUCUGGCCGAGAGACACCGGUCGUCAAUACUGUGUCCGCAAAGCCGGCAGUCAGUUCCCCUGGGCCGUCUGCCACUUACACAGCGAGAAGCUCGACUUCACAACCACCCGAGUCGGAGGACGUAUUUGCAGAUGAUGAUGCAAUGGAUGCCUGGGGAACCAUGGACGAUGAUGGUGACAACUUCUUUGAUGCGUCUUCUUCAAAUAAAGCAGUGAAGUCAUCUACAGCUGCUCCUGCGGCUGCCUUUGAUGAUGGCGGAGAGCCAGAUUUUGCUGGCUGGCUCGCUGCACAAUCGAAAGCGAAGGCGCAUAAACCGUUGCCCAAGGGUCUCAACAAGCCGACUGGUGCAGCUGGCACGUUGAACGCGAGACCUUCUGUUCCAGCCAGGAGUGUUUCUGCUGGCCCUGGUACCUCAAAUGUCAAACGGUCUACUGUUACUGCCGCGAGGUCCACUACACCUAUGACUGCGAAGAAGCCAGUCAUAAAAGAGGUGCCAAAGCCCAAGCAACCCGACAUGAAUGAUGAUGACUGGGGUGAUGCUUGGGAUUGAAAUUUUUCGCCAUCUGUUACAAAAUUUUAUUGUUCGUCCAUCUGAAAAGCGCAAAAGCGAUAUUCGACACCAUUCAGAGCAAGCGAGGAGUACCUUUAUCAAAAUCUUUCACUGGAGCCAUCCCAAGGUUAGCUACCUCCUCGGGUCUAUGUGUCAUAUUUCCCUUCCUCACAUGAACGUCAUGUAUAUGCAGAGGAGGUGGUCUCUUUUUGUCUGACUGUUGUCAAGGUCUGUUUGCCAACAGUUACUGCCUAGCAAACAUGGAUUCCAAGCGACUUGCAUUUCUACAAUCAAAGCCUAAUAUCAGCACUGCCAAUGUCACCGACAAACAAAGCUCAAAGGAACAAGGCGAAUUCGCUGGUUAGGAGUCAAACCCCUAUUUGAAGAACAUCUGUGCAUCUCUACAAGCUCCUCCUCUACAGACACAAUAGCCGAACUCAAGACUGUGCAGGAAAACGUCCCCUGGCGUAACACUGGAUAGGACUGAGACACACUACAGGCCAUUUCAGUGGCAUGCAGUUGGCCAUGUCUUGCAGGGAGACUGAGACCGGCCGGGUGGAAAAGUACAUCAGCGAAGCCAACCAACAAGCAGAUAUGGUCGAACCAGCAUCUUAUGCGCAGAAGCCAUCAAGGCCGCAGUCGUUGCGGGACCCCAGCCCACUGACUUGCAUUUUGCCGGACGUUUCACGAAAUAUGUGUCGUUACCAAACGCUACAAAGGCUUUCCAUUGCCAAAGCCAAGCAAGAACUGGAAGUGAAAAUGACAACGUUGGCAUUGGAACCAAUGUCGAAGUCGGGGCCGAUGUUUGAACCAAACAAACGCCAUCUCAAAGUCAAUCGCGAUCUUCAGUCACCUACAGGGCUUGAUCCCAACAGAAAGCGCAAACGGAAUCGCAAUCGACGAAAGUUGAAACACAAUAACGACGACCACAAUUGCAACCGGAGAAGUACCCAAGGUUGACUUCCUUGAGGACAUGUCUAGCUAGGGGCACAGAUCUCGAUGUCAAGAUCGACAUGAGCGAGCAUGACCAGCAGCAAGUCGCUUGACAGCAAUACCCGUUACCGUAUGGCCAGAAUCGGCGAGUUACGAUUAUGGACCAGUAUCCUUUGCCACAAGAAAUAUGUUCAUGGACAUGACACUCCGACGGAGACGAAGUCAGUCGUCGUCAAUGUCGAAAUCGUGGGAGAACGAAGCACAAACUCGAAGGUCAGAAGGUUGAAAUAUCAUUGUGGUUCGCAUCGAUCUAGUAUCGUACGGUACUAAUAGGAGGGUCUAUCAUUUUGAAUCCUCGCACUGGCAGCACAGCAAUCUAAAUACGUCCGCGUCAUUGCCAACACUGUCAAGCGCAAUAUUUCUCGAACAUACAUGCAAUGGCUCUUUCGAGUUUAUCGUGGUUAAUGAAAACCUCCCCCGGGCCACAGGGCUGAAUACUGAUACAAUCCAUAUCCAGCCAGUUUGGUUUUGAAUAUUCAGGGUCAAUCAUUGGGAUUCCCCUCUAGCCGGAUAUCGUCCGAUGGAAGUGGUUUGUUGUUUAUGCUUGUGCUGAGUCGGAUCAGGUCAGAUCAUCAAUUCUUUAUGUCCCAUAACAUCAUUUUGCGUAGACUGCAACUUGAAGAGCGGCAGGGCAAGCAGCCUCAUCUAUUGUUCCUUUCCAA